CUAGUUGAUAUCUCUAACCAGUACCUAUAUUUAGACUUUCAACAAUAUACACAAAAGCAUCACUUUCACGAUGGAGCAUGAAGAUGAUGAAAAAUUCCACCUUUUGAACGCAAAGCUGGAGAGGAAAUACGACGUGACACUCGAAAGAUCUGUAUGUCGUAAAGAUACAUGGAGUGGUCUUUAUUUGAAUUUCAACAGCUUCUGCCCAGUGAGAUACAAACGAACGCUGGUGAGAACGCAUUUCUCCAGAGCGAAGAGAAUAUGUUCACCAAACAAACUAGACAAUGAACUAAUGCUUCUUGAAAAAUACUUGAAAGAAAAUGGUUACCCACAAAGUUCCAUUAACAAAUAUGACAAGAAUGAACUCAAGAAGCUUCAUACAGUUACAGCCAGUAAGAAGCCUAUUUUCAUCAAACUUGAUUAUGAUGGCGACGACAUUAUAAGAAUGGUUAAUAAAAGAUCAAGCGCAGCCCUGUCUAGGACGUAUCCUGCAGCGUUAUCAGUAACUCUAUUCUGAACAACCUCUUCAUUGGUGCAGUCAAAGAUUGACAGUUACCUCUCACAUGUUACCUCCAACUGUGUAUCUGUCUUUUUUCGACAUAGAACUUUGCACA